CUGCAGCCUGCGGCUGGGGGCUCAGAGCCGCGGAGACGGCGCCCGCGGCCGCGCGGACACCAUGGGCUGCUGCACCGGCCGCUGCACGCUCAUCUUCAUUUGUACUUUCCAGCUGGUCACAGCCCUGGAGAGGCAGGUGUUUGACUUCCUGGGCUACCAGUGGGUUCCCAUCAUGGCCAACUUCCUGCACGUUGUCGCCGUCGUCCUGGGGCUCUUCGGCACUGUCCAGUACCGGCCGCGCCUCGUCGUGGGGUACGCCGUGUGGACGGCCGUCUGGAUCGUCUGGAACGGCUGCAUCGUCUGCUUCCACCGGGAAGUGGGGGGCCUCUCGAAGGACAGCGCGCUCCUGACCUUCAGCGCCUCCCGGCACCGCUCCUGGUGGCGCGAGCACAGCCUGGGCUGUCUGUGCGAUGGGGACGCGGCGCCCCGGGAGGGAGUGGGCUGCAGCCUGGGGCCCCAGCACGUGGAGGCGCUGCACAGCGGCCUGCAGAUCCUGGGGGCGCUCCUGGGGUUUGUCUAUGCCUGCCAUGUGGUCAGUGUGUUCACAGAGGAAGAGGACAGCUUUGAUUUCUUUGGUGGAUUUGAUCCAUUUCCUCUCUACCAUAUCAAUGAAAAACCUUCUAACUUGUCCAAGCAGGCGCACUUGUGA